AUUAUAGCCAUACUCAGCAAACAAACGAGUCUGCUUGUUCAUACUAACACUGUCAUCGCUGGCGUUGGGCUCUCUCAUUGCCCAAAGGGACACAGGUCGAAACUUCUACACAAAAGCGACUCCUGUCAAGCCACACAAGCACCUGCGCAUUCUACCACACUCCCCAACACUCCGCGAUCCUUCACAAGAAUCUCCUCCGGCUCGCGUUCCUGAACGGCUUAAAUUGUUAGAACUGCCGUAACGAGGAUGCAAUGAUCACAUCCAUAUUCCUCGAUGAGCUCGCCCAGAGAUGAGGGCGAGAAUCCCACCAGUCAGAACGAUGAGAAGGAAGAGGUGCAUUCGGAUGGAGGAGCUGUUGAAACCACAGAUGCAGAUGUGCCAGACAUAGAAAAUGGGGAUGUCGAGGGUGGUACGAACACUACAGAGCAGCAUCAGCCGCAGGAAGAAAAUAACAGUCUCGAAGACGAGGAGCCAGCGAGUGUUCUGCCACCCAAUGGUGUAGAUGGGGUGGUGCCCUUCCGAGGCGAAGAUGAUGCUCGAAGCACAGAUGACACUGUAUCAACGCCGGAUGAGUCCCCUUCUAUUCAGGGAUCGGUUUUGUCAUCGCCUCGCAGCGAAACCCCGUCUUUCCGGAGUCCAGCUCGACGAGGCAGUCCUUCGCUGGCGCAUCGGCCAUUCGACACGAGAUUUCAGUCGCGGCUAUCAGGCUCGCAUCUGUCACCCCUCCGCUCAAGCUCACCCGGCUUCCUAGGUGCACAUUCACGUCAUUCAUCCAUUACAAGCUUUGCUGGCGUAGAAACGCCGUCAGAAAUCGAUGAAUCUGGCAGUCCGUGGGAUGUCAUACGCUGGAACAAAUACAAACGCAUAACAGGACAGACAUUCUCCGAGAUUGGGAGACGAAAUUUUGGGAAUCCGACAUGCCUGGCUGUGGCAGAUCAAGUUGUCAUAGGCACAUCCAAGGGCAUCGUCCUGGUAUUCGAUCACCAGCAGAACCACAAGGCCAUAAUCGGUAGCGGUACCAAAGCAGCAGAGAGUGGUGCAGUGACAGCACUUGCCAUUUCUGCAGACCAUACGACUAUUGCUGUGGGACAUGUUACUGGCCACAUUUUCACAUGGGAGUUGGCCAGAUCGUCCAGGCCGUUUCUUCAUAUUCUGCCGGUAGAUAAUUCACAUCCACAAGGAAGACGUGGAGAUGGGCACAUAAUGGGGAGUACUGUUCUACACAUCGGAUUUCUGGGCUAUCGACACACGGCGCUGGUUUCUGCUGAUGACAAAGGCAUGGCAUUUUCACAUCUCGCUACUCGAGGCAUGGGAGCUGUUAGCCGCGUAGUGCGCACGGCUCGAAUUCUAGGACGAUAUCCGGAGGUUGUGAGUCGGACGACAAAGCCCUUGAAGAAAAGCUCGGUUCUUGCUUUCGCUCCUCUGCCUCUCGGUAACAUCGAGCAACGGACUGAUAACCUUGGCUUGGUAGCGAUGCUGACGCCCUACCUGUUGGUUAUAGUGUCCACAACACCAGUGGCUCAAACUCAGCAUAAAGCGGCUCGGCCGAAGGAAGUGGCUGCACAUAGCGCCAUGACUGCUGCUCUCGCUUGGUUUCCUGCCCUCAAAUUGAAAGCGGAAGAGUCUCAGACCUCUAGAACAAAACUCGUUUAUGCCUGGUCAAAUAUAAUCACCAUCCUUGAAGUCCAUGAAGCCCCCCCGGAGGAGGGGGAUAGCAAGGACAAGCCACCAGAAUUACAAUUCCUAGCCCGAAGUCGGUAUCAGGCCGAGGAAGCAGUGGUCGCGAUACAAUGGCUGAACAGGUCGGUCAUGGCCGUACUGACCAUUACUCAACAACUGCUCAUUAUUGAAGAUCUCACAAUGCAUGUUACGGAGUCUUUCGACCUUCUCAAGAAGCAUGUUUAUCAUGCCGAUCUAUAUUCUCAACAGCUACAAGCCAUCAUCGAAUCCCUGGACGAGGAGGAUACUUCAAUGCAUGGAGUAGUAGCAGAUGCAUUCCAUAUGAGCUUCCGAGCUUACAAGGGGAGGCUCUUUCUUCUGGGCUUCAACGAUAUUUGGACAGGCGUUUUGACAAAUUGGGCGGACCGACUAUUGGCUUUGAUGAAUGUCGGUGACUUUAUCGGAGCCAUCCGACUUGCGACCAAGUACUAUCUAGGUGAGGGUGAGAAAGCAACAAUAGGUCUACCAGAAGAGGAUAGACUUCGAGCAAGUAUGGUUCAGGAGAAACUUAUCGAGAUGAUGACAGCGUCUUUGAAGUAUGCCUUUGGAAAGAAUCAACAAGCCGGCAAUGAGCCUAUCGAAAAGCCACAAAUGAUUGAAUUGGCUGAUGCAUGUAUCCAAGCUUGCUUGACCAUGGGGGAUCAAGACUUUCUCUUCGAGGAGGUGUUUCCAUGGUACGAUGACAACGAUCAUGGUCCAUUGUUUGUGGACAUAUUGGAGCCAUAUAUCCUGGAUGAGAGGGUUGUGUCCAUACCUCCGCCAGCUUUGAAAACUUUGAUCGACCACUUCGCCAUCACACAUACGCCAUCGACACUAGAAGAAAUCGUUUGCAUGCUAGAUACUUCCACGAUGGACAUUGACCAAGUCACCAGCCUUUGUAAAAGGUAUAACCUCUAUGAUGCGUACAUCUACGUCUGGACCAUGGCAUUGCACGAUUAUGAGACCAUGUUGACGUUGCUCCUGGAUUAUGCCGAUACUGCAGAUGAGAUCAAUCAACCGAACGGAAACGCGGCUGAACGGUAUACUACAGCACAAAAGAUUUUCCCCUACAUUUCAUUCAUCUUGACAAGCCGAAUCUACCCUACUGGUGCUGCUAUGGACAAUGAGGAGGCCAUGCUCGCAAAAGGUCAAAUUUACGAUUACUUCUUUUCCGGAAAUAACAAGCAACGCGGACUGACCCCAAAGCGAACGACGAGCUCGUUCGAGAACCUUUCGCGCAUUCUGCGAUUUGAUGCAGCGAGCUUCAUUGCCGCGCUCAAUGAGGCUUUUGAAGACAGUUUUCUAAAUUCUAGUGACGACGAUGGCCAAGUUCCCUCGAGCCAACGGCAGCCCUCAAUCUCACGCACAUACACGCGCCAGUACGUGGUUCGGAUUAUGCUAGAAGUAAUGUCCUCUGGCUUCGAGGCUGAAGACACGAUAUACCUGGAUAUGUUCAUUGCGCGAAACCUGGCCAAAUAUCCUCAAUACAUGGUUCUCUCAGGCACUGUUCUCCAAGAUGUGUUUAAUCGAUUAUGCCAAUACCCCGAGGAAGAUAUGCGCGAAGAUGCGCAAUUGAGUGUGGAAUAUCUUCUGUCCGUAUUCCAGCCUCCAAACGCGCUCGAUCUUGUGCCCCUGUUACGAGAAGCGAAAUUCUACCGGGUCUUGAAAGCCGUGUUCAAGCAAGAAGGCCAAUAUGCAGAGAUGAUUCGUACUUAUUUCCUGGACGAGCAUGAUCAGGACGAGGUCUAUUCUGCUCUUAGCGACAGUCUACGGGCUGGCUCCAAUCUUGGUGAAAAGCAACGCAAGGAAGUGCGGUCUGUAAUUGAACAGCACGCAGCUGAUCUAGUGGGAAUCGACAUUCAACAGACGGCGACAACGAUUGAUAAAGUCGCUCCUGACCUGCACAACCUAUUCCUACAGGUCCUUGCGGGCGACCAGUAUGGGCAGUACGAGUACCUCAAAAUCCUACUCGAGCCAGAUGAAGAAGGCCACAAGCAGACGUCGACAAGGACAAAGCGGAUUCAGGAUGGCCGUAUCAUGGAAUUGUACGUCAAAUUACUCUGUCAAUUCGAUGCUUCUCAUGUGCGUGAAUACAUCGAGCACGUGCAAGAAGGUGAUCUGCGGCUUGAUGAAGUCUUACCUACAAUUGAAGAAAAUGGAAUUAUUGAUGCUGUUGUUGUCUUACAAGUUCGCCAAGGUCGCUUUAGGGAAGCAAUGGAUCGCUUGGUCAGGCAUCUAUCAUUUCUGGACGAGACACUCAAGGCUACCACCUCUCGCUUAUUCUCGAGCCGGGAAAAUGGCGAUGGAGAUAGCGACGACGGUGCUAGCAUACGUCGUCCAGUCACGGGUAUACUCGAAAACAUCAGGAAAUAUACUCUUGUGGGUGUAUGGUUAUGCCGUGGACAAAGGAAGAACACGCCACGUCCGAGCGUAUCCAAGUCUCCUGGCCGGUCUGCAAAUGCAACAACGCCACUGACCUUUGAAGAGACAUUGUGGCUCGAUCUGAUGCUUGCAGUGGUUUCGAUUGCAAGGGAUAAUUCCAUCACAUCGGUCUCGCAAACGUCCAAGGAUGGCCCUCAGAUUGAUGAGCGUGAUGGUGAUGAUGAUGACCGGGUUGAAAUUGCAACUUCAUUGCGUGGUACGAUCCAAUCUGUCUUCACGGCUCUCUUGACCAGCACAACAUCGACGCGCGACCUCAGCAAGUCUUCUAGAGAUUCUCAUGAUUCAAGUCGAGACAUGACUUUUCUUCGAAUACUACGAGCAUUCCUCACACAAGCCGCACAAACAUCGCCAUCUCUUUCUGAACUCCGCUCUGUGGUAGCCAGUAUUUUCUCGGCGUACGCUUAUGAAGAAUCUUUGCUGGCCUUGUCAAACUCCAUGCUCGACAAAGACGUCUUUGUACAGCUUGAGCAUGUUGGCAAGUUACGACACCGCGGAUGGAGGCCACGCGGACAGGUUUGCGAAGUCUGCCGGCGACGCGUCUGGGGCCCUGGUGUCGGGGUCAAUUCCAAUGUGUGGGAACAAUGGACGGGAAGAGAAGAAGCAAGAAGGGCCAGACGCUUGAGGAGGUCAAGUGUUGAGGAUCUGGACGGAGGUGGAGGUGGGGACGUGGCGAGAGGUAAAGGCAAAGCCACCCGACGUGAACGUGGUGAUAGUGAUGUCGCUGCUUCUGGUGGCGAUGGGGUUGGUGGUGUUGGCCCUGGGACUGGUAUGGGGCCGAUUGUGGUAUUUUCGUGCCGACAUUUAUAUCAUCGAAGUUGUCUAGACCAGGAUCAAGGACGGGAGCAGGACCCUGCUCAGGGGCCUGAUGGUUUGGGAGAUGGGUUGCCUGACUUGGUAUGUCCCGCUUGUGUAUAGCUUCUUAUAUAUAGAUGAUUGUAGAUCGCUCUGUCUGCU